UGUUCCACUAUAUGUAUUCGAUCCUCCCAAACAUUCCAACAUGUAGAAUGGGAAAAAAUGAAAUAAAAAAUGAAGCAGAAGUACCUCUAAAAGAUGUUAGAUACUAGUACUUUUAAAUUGGUGUCUGAUAUAUUUUACUGUGACUGGGUAAAACUUUAGAUAAAGAUUCUGUACUAAAGAUUAACAUACAUAGAUUAUUUGUUCAUUUUUAAAAUCAAUUUUCUACUUUCCUUCAACUACUAAAUACUGUAUAUGGCGAGAAGAUGUCAGUUGUGAAACGUUCUAAUAUAACUAUUGUCCAAGAUCCUGUUUGUUCAUACAAUGCUUAUCUUGCCUUAUACGCCACCCGGAUUAUCAAAUCCUUUUGACUCAAUAUUCACACUGUUAAGAUCAUGAAAUCGGAACAAAAAUAACCUAUGACGCGUUUUUCGUUAUUUUCCGCUAGUUUUAGCGUAUAUAAAGGGCUUCUACUUAUGAAUCUCAAUAAGUACAUCAAAAGAAAAUGAAGUACGCAUUUGCUCUUUCGAUUCUACUCCUAUUUGUGGGGAUUACGGAGAUUUUUGGUCGCCCGGGCCGGGGGCGCGGAAGACGACCCCCGGGAAGGGGGCGUGGUAGAGAUCGGGAUGAUGGAAAUGCCGGCCGUUCUGCCUUAAACGUAAAGAAAUUUUCCUGGGUGACAGAUCUUGAUGAAGCCAAUACCAAUGUUGCUGUGGAAGUUGACGAAUUUGCUCGUGUGCACAUGAACAAACAGAUUGCAGUCCUUGCAUCACGUGACAGAGAUUUAGAUAAUACCGGGUUUGACAGACACAACACAAUGUUUGAUUUCUCAACAGGGAAACUGGGAAUCCGCAUCGAGUACCGCGUGACCCCUGCUGGACACAUUGGACCAGGUGAAUCGGCGAAAGAUCCGGCCGAUGCUGACGACGAAAAUAUUGAUGAUCUUCUUGGAGUGUACGGAAAAGAUCACCCCGCAGGCUUUUUCGAUGAUGAUGACGACAAUCUUGAUGAUAAACUUGGGGAGGACGGAAAAGAUCACCCCGCAGACUUUUUCGAUGCUGAUGAUGACAAUAUUGAUGAUAAAUUUGGGGAGUACGGGAAAGAUCAGCCCGCAGGCUUUUUCGAUGCUGAUGACGACAAUAUUGAUGAUAAAUUUGGGGAGGACGAGAAAGAUCAGCCCGCAGGCUUUUUUGGUUUCUUUAGACGACGUGCGAGGUCUGUUGCAGUUUGUUUUGUGGGAAAUACUGUCGCCACUAUGAAUCAGUCUAUUUCCGAGUUGGAAAGCAGGGAAACGAUGAUGGAAAUCGAGACUGGUGCAAGAGCGGCCUACAGCGUGGCUGCUGCAAACAAACUGACCGCUGACCAACUAAAGGCCCUCAGUCCGGCCAUCGCUAGAUUCUGCUGCAGGGCGGCUAAACUGGGUAAUGUUUUCGAGCUAUCGUCCACUGGAAUUGUGGUCCCCACCACCACAGCUGCUACUACCACCACCACCACUACCACAACCACCACUACCACCACCACCACUACUGGAGGAAUUAUUAUCCCAAACCAGCCCGCAUUCCAUCCCGGUGUAAUUGAAGUGACCCCACCCAGCGCCUUCCUGGUCUCUGGCCUUAUGAACCCUGCCAGCCCAUCCCUGUCCAUUCCUUACCAGAUCUCCCUGGCUUCGGAUGUGCAACUUAACACACCAGGAAAACGCCGCGGUUAAAUCGAUGAACAAUGGUCAAGCAGUGCUCCUGUCUAAUACACAACCAUCCACAGUUUACUCACUGACGAUUUCAUACACGAGAGUAAUGAAGUUGACAUAUUAUUCAUUAAAGAUACAUGGAGGGGGGGGGGGGGGGAAAUAGUUCAUGAGACUGUUAAAAACUUGAAUUGUGAUUUAUGAGGCAAUAAAUAUUUUUGAUAAUUA